AUGCCUCAAUUUCCAAAGGUUAUGCGAAAAUACAAAUGCAAUGCAACAUAUCGAGAAUGUCCAAGGUUAUCUCCUAACAAUCACCCCCAGCAGAUUUUAAACAGAAUAUCGCUUGUUCACCCAGCAGCGAAUGGUGGAGCCUUUCAAAUUGAUAACUGGGACUUUGUCUCCAGGACCAUCGACAUUAUCGAAUGUUUUCCUGUCAUCGAUUUCCAUGAUUGUUUUCUUCGUUUUUCCGUCUUCGAUUCUGCAAUGAGCGCCCGCGAUAAUUCUGGUCAUUUGCAUACUUGUGGCCCUAACGGUGCCGUCAUAGAAGACGGGUUUUUUUUGGAAGAGGUCGAUAACAUUUUUCGGUUUGUUAUCAAGUCUGAUUCGAACGGAACCCCAGGCACCGGUUCUGUCGUUUAUCAGCUGAACCGUAACAUGGUCACCACUGCGACCAGAUCCAGCGGGGAGCGCGGAUAUGAACGUGGUAAGGAUGCUGAGGAUAAUGACAAAUGA